UUUCAGGUUCAAUUAGACAAAUAAGACACAAAGCAUGGGUCAGUUAUGGACUUUGGCAACCUAUAUUCACUCUUUGGCGGGACCUGUGAUGAUGCUUGUCUACCCUUUAUAUGCAUCAAUUCAAGCAAUCGAGAGCCCUACAAAGGUUGACGAUGAACAAUGGUUGGCUUAUUGGAUUUUAUACUCAUUUCUUACACUCACGGAGAUGGUCUUAGAACCAGUCUUAAAUUGGAUACCAAUAUGGUACGACAUAAAGCUAUUAUUGGUUGCUUGGCUGGUGCUUCCACAGUUGAGAGGGGCUGCUUUCAUAUAUGACAAAUUUGUCAGAGAAAAGUUGUUGAUGAAAUAUUUUGAUUCAGCAGCUUAUCCUGUCAAGGAUCACAAUUCUCCAAAUAGCAAGAAAAAGCUUAUGGACUUCAUGAAAUCUAAUACUAGUAAGAAAGGGGAGCAAGAUGAGUAGAAUUCAAGAAAACAAUGUCAAUCUUUUUUAAUAUCUUAAUUAAACCCUCUUUUUCUUUUUCUUUUCUUUCUUGUUCCUUUGUUAACCUUUUUUUUCUUUUUUUUUUUUCUUUUAAUGUAAAACACAUGUAAAUGUAUUGGAAUUUGAAUGAAGAAACUGAUGUGAAACAUACUGAAGUACCCUUAUUGUUGAAUGGGUUCACUCUCAUUAUCUUCUUGA